ACUCUGAACUUGUGCUGCGUAUGUGUGAGAAUGUGGUAUGAAAGACUCUUUGUGAAUGAGGUAGUUAUUAUUAUCAAGACACAAGACGGAUAGUCACAUGACUUUAUACUAUUCACUGAAUUUCCGCUUUAACGAACUAACAUCGGGUGCUCUUAGCCUAGCUGUUGAACUGGCUAGAUGUAUAUAUUCAUCCUAUAUAGAUUGUAAUAUCUGUGAAUUCUUGUGUGUGUCCCGGAAGCCUUUCUUGGGGUCAGAUUUGUAACUUCUUUGUAUGCAUCCGCUCCAGCUUGAUAACUAAUAUUUUCAAAGGAAGAAAAAAAAACAGAUUAACAGGUCGUAACAGUGACGUCUAUUGUGUUUCUUUCCUGUGGCAAGAAAUUCAGUGGUGGAUCCGGCAGAGUUGUUUUUUCAACAGAGAGAAAUCUCAAUGAUAAAAGAAAUCAGCAGGAGAUUCUGUUCUAAAGAAAAACGACAGGAUAACGAUGAAAUGAUGUAUGCAAAUGAUGUAUAGGUUAGUGUUACGAAAAUCUAUCACGGUGCCGGGUGUUAGUCAUUGUACUCACAAUUCUCGUGUGUCGUCAGACUUCACCUGGAUUAGUGAUAAAGACAAUCUCAUCUUGACAAAUAGUGCAGGUGAUGAAGUAGAUCGUCUCACAGAUUUACUUAGGAGUGCAUGGGGUGGACACACCGUGACUAGCAGUGGCGAUUUAAUUUAUCUAGACAGGGAGUUAAACAUCAUCAAAUUAACCAUAUAUAACAAAGUAAAGACUAUAUUAAUAAAGUACAUAGAACCAUGGAAGCCACGCUGUGUAUGCAGCUCUCCCUCCACUGGAGACCUGCUUGUCGGGAUGGUUAAUGCUGAUACAGUAACAGCCAAGGUAAACCGUUACACUAAAACGGGGCAAUGCAUACAGACCAUACAGCACGACAACAAAGGUCAGGGACUGUAUAGACUACCUAACUACAUCAAAGAGAACCUCAAUGGAGAUGUUAUCGUGUCUGACGUGGACCGUGUAGUGGUGUCCAAUGGUGGAGGAAGACUCCGAUUCUGCUACGAAGGGCCUCUACCAAGAUCACGACUAAAACCACGUGGAAUUUGUACUGAUGAGCUAUCACACAUUCUGGUGUGUGAUGUUAGGACCGGCUCAGUACAUAUAAUUAGCAAGGACGGUGAAUUUCUGUCACAGAUAAAAACAUCACAAGACAGGAUAUACACACCCUGCGGCCUGAGUUAUGAUGACAGAACUCAGUUACUCUGGGUCGGAUCUGAAACAAGCAACAAAGUGAACAUCUAUAGACUUGUUUAUGGGGACUAUCUGGCCGGCACAUAUCUCCCUCUGGAGAAGAAAGAGUGUUCGAAGCAUCCCAGUUAUUCAUUGACCGAGUUCUGUGUCCCGUGUGAGACUUCUUUGUGUGAGAUCUGUAUCACGACCUCUAGUGGUCAUAAACAUCAUGACGUUAGGGAUGUUGAGAAAUUGUUUCAUGAUAUUCACAAGAGAAAGGAUGGAGAUGCACUUUUGAUGUGCCUUCUUCUUUGUCAGAACUACAGAAUAAAUCUUGAAGAAGAACAUUGGAUGGAGAAAUAUAAUGCUGUGGCUGACGUUUUCAAAUUUAAGAAGCUUAAGAAGAAAUUCGAUUUCAGCAAACUGAAAAAGUACAAACCAGUGCUGAAACAGAAUAGUUCAAUUGUCGAGUUUUCAUGCAAAUUCUUCAGAGACACCAGCUUUCUAAGAUUUGCAAAAGAACGGAGAUUUGUUGAUAUGUUUCUAUUUUGGGCAGAAAAAGAAAACAUUUCAAAGUUCUGCAGGUCAUCAAAUUAUUUGAGAAGAGAAGAUGAGGAAGAAGUUUGUUGUUGGUUAUUGGAAAAUCAGACGGAACAGCUGAUAGAUCGACUUGGAGAGGACAUGUUCACACACGUAACAAUGAAGGACAAAUCAAUACAUGAACUAGUAUAUAGCAAACUGGGUAUACCAGUACAGGUUAUAAUGAGAGGAGAUGACUCCGUGAAAAAUUUCCUGGACAAUCUCAAGAAAGGAAAGACAACAAUGUACUACGCCACUGGGAUGUUGAUAGGGUGUGCAGGCAGCGGGAAAUCAACACUGCUAGGGAGGUUAAAGGACAUCGACCUGGAGAAAAUUCAGAAAAACACAAGAUCCACUAGGGGAAUAGAUAUCCAGACAGACGUCUUUGAUGUGUCAAAUACAAUCGAAGUUAAUUUUUCAAACCAAAAACAACGUUUUUCGGUUAUGCUUGAUGAAAAAAGUCAAUAUCACAAUGUUACAAAACCUCCUGAAGAAAUAUCUGAUGAAAUGAAAUCGGAUGAGACGAAAUCGCUGGAUAUUUGCGACCCGAGGGAUAUUGAAGAAGCUCCUAUUAGCGAGGCCACUUAUAAUUAUAAUGAAGAGGUAUCACGUGACAGCAUAAACACAGAAAGUGAGUUGCUCAAGGGAGAUAUCGCUGCUGCUCCACUUUCUGAAAAAGCAGAUGAAAAAGCAACUCAAAGUCGAAAUGCUACCGAUAAUUUAGAAAGUUUAGGCAUUCUAAAGGUUUCAAAAAGUGUUUUGGAUGAACCAGAGAAAAAAAUCUCAAUGGUUGAUUUUGCGGGACAGUGCUCAUAUUAUUCCUCACACCAGAUUUUUUUGAGUCCACGAGCAUUCUUCAUUUUGGUGUUCAAUAUGGAGAAAAAAUUAAAUGAAAUCGUUGGAAAAGAAGUGUGUAAUCAAGAAGGUUCCAUUUACAAAGGAUGGACACACAGAGAUUAUGUAACAUUUUGGGCAAAGAAUAUUCACCAAUACAGCAGUAAAAAGGCUCCAAUUAUACUUGUCGGCACUCAUGCAGAGGAAAAGACAGAAGAGGAAAAAGGAGAGUUUUUCCGUGAGAUUUGGAAGACUUUGGAAACAAAGGACAAGUCCCUACAAAGGCAUCUUGACAAGAAGAAGAUGUUUGCCAUAGGUUUCCAUGAAAAUGAAAGCAUUGAUAAAAUCAAAUUGUCAAUUAUUGAAAUUGUUCAGAAACUUGAUCACUGGGGUGAAAAGCUUCCGCAUUCCUGGGCUAUGUUUGAAAACUUCUUUCAGGAGAAGAAACACCUGAAAAUUAUAAAGAAAGGGGCACUUUUUGAUUUCAAUGAAGCAUUGCCAAAUGAUAUUACAUUGGCGACUGAUGAAGAUAUAAAUACUAUGCUGCAGUAUUUCCAUGAUGUCAAAGAAAUCUUAUAUUUUCAUCAAAAAUUUCUCGAAAGAGUAAUUAUACUCGAUGUUCAGUGGUUUGCAGAUGCAUUCAAAAAUAUAAUUACUGAUAAAAACCAUGCAAAGGAGGAUUUGUUAGAGUAUGCAUCAGUGUGGGAUAAAUUUAAUGUGACUGGAGAAUUGAAUGACACUUUGCUGUCUGCGAUAUGGAAAAUGAACAAUAAUGAAUUCAUGGAACACAAAGAUGAUAUCAUGCUGUACAUGGAGAAGCUGGGGCUUUUGGCUAAAGUUGAUAACAAAAAAUGGUAUGUUCCCUGUAUGAACAAAAAACAAUUUCCAAUGAAUGCGUUUACAUCAUAUCCUGCUUCAUCCAUCCUCUGUUUCACAUUUGAUAUUCUUCCUGCGGGCAUAUUCCAUCGCCUUGUAGCAAGUUGCAUGCAAAUUCCUUGGAGUAUUGUCACAGAAAAAACGGGAGAAAAAGAACAGCCCUGCAUUUACCAGACAGCGGCUGUGUUUCUGUAUAGGGACCACAACGUUUUGGUUGGAAUGACGUCAACAGAAAUUCAAUUGCAGGUGUUCGUUAUAGAUGGAGAAGUUGAUUUAACUACAUGUACUCAAAUACAAGAAGAAAUUGAAGGUGUAUUGCAUAUGCUCUCAAAUACAUUCCAGAAAAACAUGAAAUACCAAAUUGCCUUCAAAUGUAAACCUGUCGGCUUCUGCGAUAGUGAAAGAAGUCAUGUGAUCAAGGAAUAUGAGUUCAAAGAGCCCACUUUUCAGUGCCCUUAUUGUCCUUGGCGUGAAAAGCAUAUUAUUCACACAAGCAACGUCACCAAAUACUGGAAAAAGAAAAGUCAAGCUAAGAAUGUAAUUGAAAAGGAGAGCAUUCCAAACCCAAUCGAAUUUAUUUUAAAUGUGGUGUCUAAAAGACUACGUGGCAUAACAUCUCCUAUACUUGCUGCUAACUUUGGAGUACACCUUGAAGAUACCAAUUUAUGUCUUGACGAAGAAAGAUUUAGAAUUCUCUAUAAAUGGAAAUGCAAAUAUUCAGCUUUAGAUCACUUAAAAGAGCUGGAGGGAAUUUUAAGGAAAGCAGAACAAUCAGACGCUGCAGAUUGUAUCGGGACUGUCCAAUUUUCUGACUUUCGUUACGCUGAAAUUUUUAGACCUUGCCAGGGUGUUUCAAAGAAAGAUAUCUUGGUGUUAUCUGAGAAACUUUCUAAUAACUACACUCAUUUGGUACGGUUUUUAGGUCUGCCACAUAUUUGUAUAGAACAAAUUGAGGCAAAUAUUCGUUACAUCGAAGAUAGAAUAUUUAAAUCUCUUAUGAAAUUGAAAGAAAAGCGUCCAUAUUUAAGCCACCAGGAUAUUUGCAGGGCUUUGAAGUUUAUAGAACGAAGUGAUGUUGCUGAUUAUCUAAACAUUCAGUGGAAGUCUGAGUAAAAAAAAAAUAUAUUUUUAGUAAAUUAUAUUCUUUACAGAAACGAUUUCACCAUAGCAUAGGGUGUACUCUCAAGGAUGGCUAGAAAUAAAGAUGUACAUAUGCAUGUAAAUACAGUUAUGAUAAUUGUUUCUUAAGGAAUUUCCAUCCUCACAAUAUUAUAGGUUCAAAGUACAAAAACUGCAUAUAUUUUCGUUCAAUAUACUUUAAACUUUCCAUUUAUUGCAAAAAAUGUAUAGGUCACCAUAUUAUUUAAGAUGCAAAACAUAAAUAAACAGAACUGUAUGUCAACAUAAAAAAAUUGUACAUUUUUUGUUAAAAGUAUUGAGAAAAAUAUGUAAAAACUGGUUAAUAUGCAAAAUUCUGAUGCUGAGUG